CUCUGGCCAGCCAUAUACUCUCCCUUCCCCCCACAUCAGACCUUCUCUGGUUCCCUGACCUCAGUGAGAUCGCCGCCGGUCUGGGGACCUGGGGAAGACAUGGAGAAAGAGACGGGGGAUCCCCUGGCUGGAGCUGACUGACACAGUAGACAGUCAUGGCUGGAGAACUGGAUAUCAGACUAAUAUUUGACCUCUGGAAACACCAAAUUUCUUUUUUCAGCCCCUUACAGGACGUCUGGUCAAAAUUCACUAGGUAGGAGGGUCAUCAACUGGAAAGAACCGGAGCCUGGGGGGACCUGGCUGGAUAGGUAUGGGGGAUCCAGGCCAGUUCCCUAGUCCCUGGUCCCCCCAUGGCAGUCCCCCAACUCUAAGCAUUCUCACUCUCCUGCUGCUCCUCUGUGGACAUGCUCAUUCUCAAUGCAAGAUCCUCCGCUGCAAUGCUGAGUAUGUAUCUUCCACCCUGAGCCUUAGAAGUGGGGGUUCACCAGGAGCCCUGCGAGGAGGAGGAGGUGGAGGAGGAGGCCGUGGUGGAGGGUUGGGCUCCAGUGGCCUCUGCAGAGCCCUCCGCUCUUAUGCUCUCUGCACUCGGCGCACUGCCCGCACCUGCCGCGGGGACCUGGCCUUCCAUUCUGCUGUGCACGGCAUCGAAGACCUGAUGAUUCAGCACAACUGCUCCCGCCAAGGCCCCACGGCCCCUCCCCCUCCCCGAGGCCCCGCUCUUCCUGGAGCAGGCCCCGCCCGCUCCUCCGGCGCCCCAGCCCCAGACCCCUGUGACUAUGAAGGCCGGUUUUCCCAGCUGCACGGUCAGCCUCCAAGCUUCUUGCAUUGCGCCUCCUUUGGGGACCCUCACGUGCGCAGCUUCCACCACCACUUUCACACUUGCCGUGUCCAAGGAGCUUGGCCUUUGCUGGAUAAUGACUUCCUUUUUGUCCAGGCCACCAGCUUCCCCGUGGCAUCGGGGGCCAACGCCACCACCACUCAGAAGCUCACCAUUAUAUUUAAGAACAUGCAGGAAUGCAUCGAUCAGAAGGUCUACCGGGCUGAGGUGGACAAUCUUCCUGCAGCCUUUGAAGAUGGCUCUAUCAAUGGAGGUGACCGACCUGGGGGCUCGAGUUUGUCCAUUCGAACAGCUAACCCUGGGAGCCAUGUGGAGAUCCAAGCUGCCUAUAUUGGCACAACUAUAAUCAUUCGGCAGACAGCUAGGCAGCUCUCUUUCUCCAUCAAAGUAGCAGAGGAUGUGGCCAGGGCCUUCUCAGCAGAGCAGGACCUGCAGCUCUGUGUUGGGGGAUGCCCUCCAAGUCAGCGACUCUCUCGCUCAGAGCGCAGUCGUCGAGGAGCUAUAACCAUUGAUACUGCCAGACGUCUGUGCAAGGAAGGGCUGCCAGUUGAAGACGUGUACUUCCAUUCCUGUGUCUUUGAUGUUUUCACCUCUGGUGACCCCAACUUUACUGUGGCAGCUCAGGCAGCUCUGGAGGAUGCGCGAGCCUUCCUGCCAGACUUGGAAAAACUUCAUCUCUUCCCCUUGGAUGCCGGGGUUCCUCUUUCCUCAGCAUCCCUCCCAGCCCCACUCCUUUCUGGGCUCUUUGUUCUGUGGCUUUGCAGUCAAUAACUAGGCCAUGACUGGUUUAGAAAUGAUUUGGGGAAGAGAGAUUGGCAAGGAAGAACAGAGAGAAUUACUGAAGGAAACAGUGGAGAGACUAAGAGACACAUGAAACACUCACAUUUAUCCAGAGUGAGAUAAGGCUACAGUCUGAGGUUGAAAUGAUCACAGAAUAAGAGUUCAAGGCAAGGUUUCUGCAUUCCAGAUGUCUGCAGGGGCUCCUCAUCAAUGUUCACAGUCUUGUUUAUAGCAAGCAAAUUGCUCCAGUCCAUCUACUCUUGAGAUCAGCCCUAUAAUCUUAUCGGUUGUGGGGUCUUGAUGAUCAGUAGAACACUUAAGGGCUGAGAUUUUUAAUAGAGAAGAACUGAAAGAGGAAGACAUAAUCAUUGCCCAUCAGAAAGUCAAAAUCGGGAGUUCUCGUCGUGGCUCAGUGGUUAACGAAUCUGACUAAGAACCAUG